UAAGUUAGCAUUGCAUCUGGUUAUAAGUAAACGGCUCGAGGUUUUCGCAGCAUCGUUCUGUGCCGUGUGCAGUCGCCCAAGGCGGACAAGAUGCUGCGGGGUGUUUCCUUGCUGUCGUCGCUCCUGAUACUCGCGGUUGCAGCCCUCGGGGUGCCGCUAUUCGCAACGUGUGUGGAAGGCAGCAGCGGUGGGAUGCAGUGGCCGCGGUUCAUGUUCUGCAUCAGCCUGCGCGCGGGCCCAGCGCUGGCGACGCGCAGUGGCAGCUGUGCCUCUGCAAAGAUGCUCGGGCAGUUUCGCAUCAUGAACCGCGUCAGCUGCAAGAAUUGCGACAAGUAUUUCCAUUGCAUGGCCAACUGGCUGGCGACUUACAGGUGUCGGGGACGGUUCAACCGGUACGUCGCCAGAGUCAUCAGCCACUGCAGGGAGUACUCACAGCCUGGAAACCCAGCUGACAGCCGCGCUGACGAGGAGGCCAACCGAUAUGGUCGGGUCGGCGGAAACUGCGGUGCGCGCUAUUUGCGCGCAUACAGAUGUGCCUACAAUCCGAGAACGGGACAGUGCAAGUGGUGAGCGCAAAAGACUCCGACCUGCGCACACUGCGGAGACUGACUGCUCUGACCUCGCAGAUGCCUGUUUCGGUCAAAACACACGAGACCCGUGCUGGCAAAAUAAAAAAGUUGGAGAGAGCA